ACCCAAAUUGUUUAGACGAUGAAACGAGAAAAGAAAAUUAGGGAGCGUCCAGCCCAGAGUUUUUGUUGCUGGGAGAAUUUCAACGCGGUGUGUCAAAAAACAUGCAUUCGCUUCACCAGAAGGGUCUGGUAUACAUGGCCCAUGGACCAGGCGGGCCACGUCUCCGAAUCGCCGAUUCUUGCAAUCCCCAUCUAUGCCUCUACGGCUCCAAACAACACGUUCUUCUCGAUUUUGCCUUUUUAAAGAAAGCCCGGAUGGGAACCGAAAUGCCGACGUCGCAGCUUGUUUGAUUAAUUGCUGCGAAACAACCGGGGAGUAUGAGCCAUAAAAAAAAAAAAUCUCGACAUGGGCGUCCAGAGGCCCUGUUGAUGGUAUUCUUGGAAUCUCGUUUGUUCUGGUGCGUCGUUGGUUUUCCUCUCGAAUGGAGCGUAGCAUAUUUCAACCACCUAGUUUUUGAUAUGCUCAACAACCCAGCAGAAGGAAAAAGCCCCCACCUCAAAGCAUCCACCCCUUCCCUCAUCCCGGACCUCAUGUCCUCGAACCCAUAUGGUGCCAUGCACCCGAUAGAAGAAACAGCUGCCUGGACUCUGUACCACGACCAGCAUACAAAACCCCCUCCAUAUCGAAAAUACGACUUUGGCGUUGCGUACAGGAAAAUAGGAAGAGUGUACUUGGUUUUAGGGUGCCUGAUUGUGUUUGGGAUAUGUGCCUGGAAACUAGUGUAUUUCUUGGCUCGUCAGAUCAGCGGCGGCUUGAACUAGUAAAUGCAGAAAGAUGCGGGGGUCGUUGUAAGGCACGGCCGAGGUGAAACACGACCCUAUCGCAAGAGAUGAAUUGAAAUUGCCAGGAUGGUUUUGGAUUCGACGACAAACCCUUCGAUUUUUAUGAAAGAAGAACAAGAACCUUUUGGCUCGCUUAGCCCGGCAAGGUGUUGAACCCAUGUUCAAAGAAAGGAAAGGUGUCAUUUUGGAUAGACUCCC